AGAAACGAGACUAAGACGCCGGCGAUUUCGAAGCGCAGGUGUGACUGUUACCUCUCUCUCGCUCUCAGAGACUGCUCUCUCUCUCUCUCUCUCUCUCUCCCCCCCCAGAGCUCUACACCUUGGAAGCUCACUCUUCCUCUCUCUCUUUCUCCCCCUCAAUCCCUCUGGUUUUGCUAAUCCAUUUGCUCCCGAUUUCGGACACCGUAAAUUUUCUCGGAGGUGCUCCGGCGAGAGCGUGUCUUUGAGCAUUCAACGACAUCGUUUUUGUAUAGCUUUUUCUCUGAGAAAGAAUAUUGCUGGUUUGAAUUGGUUGGCUGUGGAUGGGCUAUGGCCGAACCAAUAUCGACGGGUGCUCUUAAAGACAACAAGUUAUUGAAAGGGGUUUUUGCUGUGGCUGGAAUCAUGAUCACUCUCGUUAGCUAUGGUGUUUUACAGGAGAAAAUCAUGAGGGUUCCUUAUGGGUUGAACAAGGAACCUUUUAAGUUUUCAUUAUUUCUUGUUUUAUGCAACCGCGUUACCACAUCUGCUGUCUCUGCUGGUUUUUUAUUGGCGAGUAAAAAAGCCUUGGGUCCUGUUGCUCCAGUUUACAAGUAUUGCCUUGUCUCUAUAUCAAACAUACUAACCACAACAUGCCAGUACGAGGCCCUUAAAUAUGUCAGCUUUCCUGUUCAGACGCUUGCAAAAUGUGCAAAAAUGAUACCUGUUAUGGUUUGGGGCACUGUCAUUAUGCAGAAGAAAUACAAGGGAAAUGACUAUCUGUUGGCUUUUCUAGUGACUGUAGGCUGUUCAAUAUUUAUUCUGUAUCCGGCAGGAACUGACAUUAGUCCAUAUGGCAAAGGAAGAGAAAACACUGUUUGGGGAGUUUCAUUAAUGAUUGGUUAUCUUGGGUUUGAUGGCUUUACGAGCACAUUUCAAGAUAAACUAUUUAAAGGCUAUGAUAUGGAGAUACACAAUCAGAUAUUCUACACAACGUUGUGUUCUUGUCUUCUCAGCUUUACUGGUCUAAUAUUGCAAGGCCAUCUACUGCCAGCAAUAGAAUUUGUUGCUCGCCAUAAUGAUUGUUUCCUUGAUGUUGUGUUGCUUUCCACUGUAGCAACAGCUAGUCAGUUUUUCAUUUCUUACACAAUUCGCACAUUUGGUGCUCUUGUAUUUGCCACAAUAAUGACCACAAGACAGUUGGUUAGCAUUAUGCUGUCAUGCAUUUGGUUUCAUCAUCCCUUGAGCUGGGAGCAGUGUAUUGGAGCUGUUAUUGUCUUUGGUUCCCUGUACAUGAAAACCUUCUUGAGAAAAACACCUCAGAAACCUCCACCUUCAGAACAAACGAAAAAUGGAACUUCUAGUCCUCUGAAGGAAAACCCUUAGUUGUGUUUCAGGUUUAUGAUUUCUUUGAUAUCUUGGACUUGGUACACUAACGUUGAGUGGUGGCGAGCAGCUUUAGUUUUUAGAGUAAAGAGCUGCAUGCUGAAAACUAUGAACAAAUGCUCGAAUGGUGGUGAUUAAACCUAUUUAUAGGCCAGUGCAUGCAAAUGGAUUUUCCCGUAGUCAGUGUUUCCGUUGGAGACCCGUGAAGAUCUGUUAUGCUCCCAUUUUCAAGUAACCAUAAAUUUCAUAGAGUAACUAAAGCAAACAUUAUUUGAAAGUUUUGUUGGAAUAGAAGCAACCCACAAAAUAUGUAUAAUUCAUUUGCGCAAGCAACGUUUGUUUUUGUUUUUGUUUUGUAUGUAAUUCCGUGCAUGGGUGGAGAUAGAAGAAAGUCUUGAGAUAUGUUGCAGCAACUCACCCCUCCUUCUCUUUCUUGUUUCAUCCUUUAUUUUUGUGUUUAUUUUUCAGAUUUUGAGGGUCUAUUAAAUUUAACCUGUGAAUUAUAAAAUAGAAACUACAUUUUCGUUUUGCCAUAUAGUAUCAAUGAAAAGUGACCUGUUAGUCAUC